UUGGACCAGUUCAACUUAUACUAACAAACAUCAAACAUCAACUCCCACAACAUUCUUUCUCGUCUUCCACUUUUACCCCUCACUCUCCCGGUGAGCUCAAAAAUCUCACCAUUUCUUUGGAAAUCCAACACAACCCCACCAAUAAAGUUUCAAUCUUUAUCUAAAUUAUCAACUCAAAUCUUCUUUUUUUUUUUUUGCUAAAUUUAUCAACUCAAAUCUUCAUAAACACACAUGGGCUGUGUUCUUACCAAGAAUUCUGCCGUCAACUCACCUGAGUCAACCUCCACUAUUCUUCCUGAUCCAGCUUCCUAUGAGGCUGCUUGUAGACUUGAUCCUGAGCUCCGAUCAUUUGACUCCUCCGUGCACCACCGCACCACCACCCUUCUCAACAGCCUCUCCGGCAGCGGCAGCUUUGAUGUCCAAUCAGUUUCCCUGGAUUCUCUACUUGAAGUUACCAAGAGUUUACUUGAAAUGGACCAAGAUGUAGUAAGCGUUAUCUUGGAAUGCAAAAAAGAUAUUUGGAAAAAUCAAGAAUUGUUUAAUUUAGUUGAUGAUUAUUUCAAGAAUAGUAUUGAGACAUUGAAUUUCUGUAAUGCACUUAAUAGUUGCUUAAAGCGUGCCCGUGAGAGUCAAUUUAAUCUCAAUGUUGCUAUUCGACAAUUUGAUGAGGAAAAGAGAGAAGGUUCUAAGGAAUUUCCACUCACUUUGCAAGAAUUUGAGAAGUUGAAGUUGGGUGGGGAUCCUUUUGGGGAUGAAUUCUUUGUGUUGUUUGAGUCUAUUUAUACGAAACAGAUUGCGAUGUUGAGGAGAUUGCAAGUUGAGAAGGGUAAACUUGAUAAGAAGUUGAAGUCGAUGAAGAAAUGGAGGAAGUUGUCGAAUGUGCUGUUUGUGGCUACUUUUACUACUGUUUUGAUAUGUUCUGUGGUGGCGGUUGCAAUUGCUGCUCCACCGGUGUUGGCAGCAUUGGCGGCUGCAGCUGCAUUGCCAUUGGGGUCAAUGGGGAAGUGGGUGAAUUCGAUUUGGAAGAAGUAUGAAAAUGAAGUGCAAGAAAAGAAGGGGCUUGUUGGUUCAAUGGAGUUUGGGAGUUUUAUAGUUAUUAAGGAUUUAGACAACAUUCGGGUGCUUGUUGAGAAAUUGGAGAUUAAAAUGGAGUCAUUGUUGCAUAAUGCUGAUUUUGCACUUGGAGAAGGAGAGGCUGUGGAAUUGGCGAUCGAUGAGAUCAAGACAGAGUUGGGCGCAUUUAUGCAAACGAUUGAGGAUUUGAGCCAUUAUGCUGAUAAGUGUAGCCGGGAUGUUGGAAUGGCAAGGACCUUGAUUUUGCACAAGAUGAUCAAAUACCCUAGUGCCUGACAUUAUCAUUUUUGUAAUGUUCUUUAAUUACUUUCUUUCAGUUGCUUUGAUCAUGUUGAUAAUCUUAGAUUAUAGAAUAAAGGGUGCACAAGGUUCCUACAUCAGGAAAAGUGCCGAAGUCCUUUUAGCCAGGCUUACCCUUUCUUUUGAUUAAGCUGUUUUUACAUUGUUAUGAUGUAAAUGAGAAGAUAUCUUGACACUUUGAUUGUAUGUUUUAAUGAAAAUGAUUAUAGAAAAUGUCCAUUACUGUUAA